AUGACCCUCCGCAGGCUCAGGAAGCUGCAGCAGAAGGAGGAGGCGGCGGCCACCCCGGGCCCCGCCGGCCGGGCUCCGGACUCGGAAGCCGCUCGCGCCGCGCCGGACUCGACCCGGGCCUCCUCGGGCCCCCGGGCGGCAGAAGCUCCCCCUGGAGCCCCCGGGGACGAGCUGUACGCGGCGCUGGAGGACUACCACCCUGCCGAGCUGUACCGCGCGCUCGCCGUGUCUGGGGGCACCCUGCCCCGCCGAAAGGGCUCGGGAUUUCGCUGGAAGAAUCUCAGCCAGAGUCCUGAACAGCAGCGGAAGGUGCUGACAUUGGAGAAGGAGGAUAACCAGACUUUCGGUUUUGAGAUCCAGACAUAUGGCCUUCACCACAGAGAGGAGCAGCGAGUGGAGAUGGUGACCUUUGUCUGCAGAGUUCAUGAGUCCAGCCCUGCCCAGUUAGCUGGGCUCACACCAGGGGACACCAUUGCCAGUGUCAACGGCCUGAACGUAGAGGGCAUCCGGCACAGAGAGAUUGUGGAUAUCAUUAAGGCAUCAGGCAACGUUCUCAGGCUGGAAACUCUGUAUGGGACGUCCAUUCGGAAGGCAGAACUAGAGGCUCGCCUGCAGUACCUCAAGCAAACCCUGUAUGAGAAGUGGGGAGAAUAUAGAUCGCUAACAGUUCAGGAGCAGCGGCUGGUACAUGGCCUGGUGGUGAAGGACCCGAGCAUCUACGACACGCUGGAGUCCGUGCGCUCCUGCCUGUACGGCGCGGGCCUGCUCCCCGGCUCGCUUCCCUUCGGGCCUCUGCUCGCUGCCCCCGGGGGUCCCCGCGGGGGAGCGCGGAGGGCCCGCGGCGACGACGCCGCCGACGACGCGGUCUACCACACGUGCUUCUUCGGGGGCGCCGAGCCGAAGGCGCUGCCCCAGCCGCCGCCCGCGCGCGCCCCCGGCCCGGGCCCCGCCGAGGUCCCCGGCCCCGCCCCGGUGCCGCGCGCCGCGCUCAGCCGCAGCGCCAGCGUGCGGUGCGCGGGACCCGGCGGGGGCGGCGGCGGCGGCGGGGGCGUCCCGGGCGCGCUCUGGACUGAGGCCCGCGAGCAGGCCCUGUGCGGCCCCGGCCUGCGCAAGACCAAGUACCGCAGCUUCCGCCGGCGGCUGCUCAAGUUCAUCCCUGGACUCAACCGCUCCCUGGAGGAGGAGGAGAGCCAGCUGUAGGGGUGCAGGCGGGCGGGCGGGAGGUAUUUAUUUAUUUAUUCGUUCUUAACAGCCAGUGCAAAGAGUAGUGUGGGGGGGGUGGUAGUGUCGGGCCCAAGGGACCCCAGGAGCCCAGAGCUGCUGGAGAGGGUCCUGGCCAGCUCAUGGGUUUGCAAGGGGGGGCCAGGCCCAGGCCCCUCCUUUCUCUUCUAAAUGUCAGCAGAAGCCCCGCCAAGGGACCAGGCAUUGGGAAUUGAGAGAUCGAGGGGCCAAAGGGAUGUAUGUGCCAGUCUGGGUCAGUCGUGCCUUGUGGGGUCCAGGAAAGCCCCUUCCCAUGGGGUGAGAGUCCUGUCCCGGAAAUCCCUCCCCUCAGUUUUGACUCGUUCCCCUGCCCCCAGCCUUGGGGAUAAGAGGCCCGUGGUGGGUCUUCUACACACCCACACAUCAAGGACCAGUGAGCCCCAGGGGGACAAGGUGCUGGUCCCUGCCUCCAACCUCGAUCCCUGAGGGCGUGGCCCUUCCCUUCCCAGGAGCCUAUAACAAGUGGGGUCCUGCUGGGCAGGGGUCCUGGGGAACUGGAGUGGGCUUGUUCAGGUGUGGUAGGAUGGCACAGACUGUCUCACCAUUUUGCAUAUGUUGUUUCUGAACCACAAACUGUAUAAAAUUGACGGGUUUUUUUU